CCAGCUCGGUCUUUGCCCAUCACCAGCACCAUCUCGGACCACACACCAACUCCACUCUCUCAAAAUGGGUCUCGUCGACGCGAAGAACAAGGUCCCCGAGUAUCAGCGGGCUUACCAGCAUGCCUACAAUGCGCACACGCGCAUCUGGAGGAUCAACCCUCGCAGCCGUAUGCUGCUGACUCCUUACAACAUCCUCCUGUGGGGCACCACCGCUGCUACCAUGUACGCCAUGGGCCGCAGGAUCUUCGGCAAGAACACCUGGUUCAGCGACUAAGGUGCGUCGCUGCGAUUAGGAGGGGUUAUAGAGGGCGGGUCUUGUAUGUGUAUUGCACGGAACGGACUAGAGCGGGAAACGGGGUUCCCUGGGGCUGAUUACAAGAGGAAGAACAACACAGGGUUUGUCUCGAAUGUUUUCUAUGGACGAAUGAAGGAAGUCAGAGAUGCAUAAACCGUGGUCCCUCGUUUUCUCCGACGCCUCCACUGCCACUCCGAAGUCCCUGUCACUGCAGAUCGACGUUCUCUUUCUAAAAGUACAUCACGUGCGGUUUCACUGAUUAUCAUUGCCACCGUUGAGGGCCUAGACGAUGCCGGGCCUCGAUGGUGCCGGUUCCG